AUGUCGGCCCUGGCUCAAACAAUAUCAAACUCUUGCCACAAAUGCCAAAUGUAUGCAAACAUUCCAAGGGCACGGUCUAUUGCGCUCUCCAUACUUCUCGCGCCCUGGCCUUUCUGCCAAUGGGGCUUAGAUUUGAUCGGUAAGCUUCCUACAGCGAUGGGACAAUUCAAGUAUGCCAUUGUAGCUGUUGACUACCAAACAAAGUGGGUAGAAGCAGAACCUCUCGUCGCUAUCACUACAGAAAAAGUGAAGAACUUCCUGUGUAAAAACAUUUACUGUAGGUUUGGAGUCCCGGACACCAUAGUCACGGACAAUGGGACCCAGUUUGACAAUGAUGAACUAAGGGCUUACACCGAGAACCUGGGCACUAGAAUCCUCUAUGCAUCCCCGGCUCACCCCAGACCAACGGUCAAGUCGAGGCUGUCACCAAGAUAA